CAUCAAGUCCGAUUCGCCCUCUGCUCGCAAGUUCUUCGAAUUGUGCCAGCUUGGAUCGGAUCAUAACUGGCUUUGCAGACAUCUCAUGGCUGUCUGCCUGGUUCACGGAUUUGGAACCACAGAGAACCAAGCAAAGGCAGCAGCAAUUUUCGAGCAGCUCGCCAACGACGGUCACAGCGAUUGUCAAGUUUGGAUCGGAGAGAGCUACUUGUAUGGCCGGGGAAUAUCUGAAGUAUCAAGCAAGGCCAUCCAAUGGUUCAGGAAGUCGGCAGACCAAGGAAAUUCGUACGGGCAGUGGAAGGUUGGAUUUUGCAACUUUCAUGGUUACGGAUCCACCAAGGACGUCACCAAAGCAGCGGAGUGGUAUCGAAUAUCGGCCGAGCAAGGCAAUAGCUUUGCGCAAAAUGAUCUUGGGGCCUGUUACUAUUUUGGCUGGGGUGUCUCCAAGAACGUCGACACCGCCGUCUUCUGGUAUCGCAAGUCGGCCAGCCAGGAUCAAAAAUGGGCCAUCGACAAACUCGAGAGGCUGGGCAAGUGGCCCUGAGUCCUGAGUUGAUGUCGAGUCACGCUCCCGACCAGCCAAGUCGCCACAUUGAAAUGCGAACAGAGCGAGUGAGAAAACCACCCUGCCACCAUCGCCGCCCAGUGAAGAGUGUAUCCUCAACCACACCAAAAUGUUAUGCCCAAGCAGACAUGUGUGGUGGUGUCGAUGAAUUACAUGUAACCUAUGCGGUUGCAUAUAUCAUCACGUGCAUCCAAAUAAAUACCGCCGCGCUGUCCCAUCAC